UAUUUUUUUUAUUUAGAUGUAAAAUGGGGUCCACAUAAAAACAAGCUAACAUCAUCCACAUUAAGAUUAGAAGAAACGUGUACAUUGGUAGAAACUCUACCCAACUGGAAAGUUGUAGAAAAGAAAUUAGUGUCUGUAAAGUUUCUGAAAUCAGACCAAAUAUUUCAAAAAGAGAAAUUUCGACAACUAAAAUCUGAAAUUCGUCAGAAUAUAAGAAUAAGUGGAGUUUUAGUAGGUGUUGAUUUGUUGUCUAGUGUUCAACUUGCUGCUCUACAGAAAGCAUGGAGAGUACCAGUUUUUGAUAGAUAUGCAAUAGUGUUACAAAUAUUCAAAGACCAUGCAAGAACUAAGGAAUCAAAAUUACAGAUUGCACUAGCAGAAAUUCCAUUUUUACGGAAGCGAUUGGGUCAAGUACAUCAAGGUAUUUUUGAUAAGCAAAUUGGAGAUUCACGUUUUAUUGGUGGUACUGGUCCUGUUCAUAUUAGUCGACGUAAACUCAUGCUUCAGGAAAGAGAAAAUAAAAUAAGGCUAGCUCUUGAGAAAAUUGAAAGACAGAGGGAUUUAUUAAGAAAUAAUCGACUUAAAAAAGAGUUUAUGUCAGUGGCUGUAGUUGGUUAUACAAAUUCAGGAAAGACAACUCUAAUUAAAGCGUUAACAGGAGAUAAUAAAUUAGAACCUAAAGACAUGUUAUUUGCCACUCUAGAUGUUACUGUACAUGCUGGUGUAUUACCGAAUUAUAUGAAAACUUUAUAUGUUGAUACAGUAGGCUUUAUUUCUGAUAUACCUACCAACCUCAUACAAGCUUUCUCAGCCACACUAGAGGAUGCCUUGAUAGCGGAUGUGAUAAUUCACAUACGUGAUAUAAGUCAUCCUGAUACAUCAGGACAAAAACAUAAUGUAUUAGAUACAUUAUCAUCUAUAUUACCACCAGAUAGACUACACAGUAUUAUAGAAGUUUGCAAUAAGACAGAUCUAGUCCCAUUGGAGAAAUUGCAAGAAGAAAAAGAAAAUGAUAAAUUAUUUGUAUCAGCUGCUACUGGGCAGGGUUUACAAGAUUUACAAUUACAAAUACAACAGAAACUAAUAACAGUUACUGGUAAAUUAUAUAAAACAUUUCGUAUUCCAAAUGGUGGAGCAGAAUUAAGUUGGUUAUAUAAAGAAGCUACAGUACAAAAUAUUGAGGCUGAUAAAGAUUGUAAUUAUUUAAUAGUUGAAACUAUCAUCAGUCCAGCUGUUUAUCAGAGAUUUACAUCUUAUUUUCAACAGACUUGA